AUGAAAUUCACUAACUACGUUAUUGCCUUGACUGGUGCGUUCGCAACACUAGCAAGCGCUCAAAGUGCUAUAAACGCUACCAAUGCUUCGGCUGGUGGCAACAGUGCCAAUGCCGGCGCAAUGCUAAAUGGUUUUGUACCAUCUAUUGCUGGUGCCGCUGUCGCGGGUAUACUUGCCUUUUUGGUUUAA